GUGUGUGUGUGUGUGUGUGAGAGAGUGUGUGAGAGAUCGGACUCAUGUGUGUGGAACGGGCUCAUCUGCUGCUGCUGCUGCUCGCCUCAGGCUGGCGGUGUGUGUCUGGGAUCCGUGUGUUCACGGCGGGGGAUGUGAAGGCCGUUAAUGGGACAGAUGUGCGUCUCAAAUGCACCUUCCAGAGUUCAGCUGCGAUCCGAGCGACGAGCGUCACAGUGUCCUGGAGUUUCAGACCGCUCGGCCCAGGACACGAGGAUAGGGUGUUUUAUUAUCACGAGAGGCCGUUUGCUCCUCUGGAGGGCCGCUUUAGGAAGAAGGUGGAGUGGGCUGGAGACAUCAGCGGCCGUGAUGCGUCUGUGGUUCUGCGAAGAGUGCCGUUCUCAUUUAACGGGACGUUCAGCUGUCAGGUGAAGAACCCGCCGGAUGUUCACGGGAACGUGGGUGUGGUGUGUCUGCAGGUCGUCAGCACAGCCUCGCUCUCUGAGAUCCUGAUUCUCUGUGUGGCCAUCGGAGGCACCAUUCUGCUGAUUCUGCUGCUGGUGAUGAUCGCGGCGUUGCUGCGCCGCUGUCACAGAUGGAGGAACCCAGAACCAAACCACACCGUCUUCCGACACGAGCACAACCUGAUCAGCUGCUGAGAACACACACACAACACUCUCACACACACACACUCACACACACUCACACACUCACACACUCCAGCAAAUCCAGCAAGACUGUCAGCAAUCGCACCAGCAGCUACUAAUCAAACAGGUUGAUGUGACUUUGAGAGUUUUCUGGAGUUGAUAUGCCUUCAUCUCAUUAGUCCUGCUGUUCAUCAAGCUUCAGGCUCUACCCGGUAACCAGCAGACCUUGGUUGCUAUGGUUAUAUCUCUCUCUAUUCGCUGUCCUGUAGCUCUCUUCACCUCUUUUUACACUGCUAUUGCAGAUGAUGAUGAUGAUGAUGAUGAUGAAGUGCAGGUAUGACUGAAUGAAGGCACUGCAGUGGCUGUGGUUUGAUGUCCUCGUGUGUCUAUAUCAACCAGAACCAUUCAUCUGAUAAUAUUGUCCAUCGGCCAAUAACUGUUUGAUGAUUAACAGUAAUAUUACCUCCAUACCUCAGUACCAAAAUCGACUGAUAGGUUUGUCAUUGGAUGAUCAAUGGGUGAAUCUCAUGAAAACAUGGUCACAUUAUAUUUCAUCCAAAAGAAACUAUAUGUAUAUUGCAUUAAAUAUCAAUAUAUUUUCAUGAUUAUUGAGCUGUUUUUCUGUUUACUGUAAUGCAUUUUAUUAAUACUCAUUACUUUCAAGAGUGAUUCUUUAUUGAAAUUUAUUUUUAUUACACACAAUU